AUGGCUACGGGCGCGAACGCCACUCCUCUGGGGAAGCUGCACCCGAGUAUCGGUGCUAAACGCGGCUUCGACUCCGGGCCGGGGAACGGCCUGAUGCCCACGCCGCCCCCCGCCUCUUUCCCCCCGCUGCAGGCCUUCCAGAACCCCCUGGCCAACCCGGCCUGCGUGCAGUUCGGCCCCGCGGCGGGCUUCUCCGCUCAGGUUCAGCCAGCUAUGAUGUCCGGAAUGUCCAAAGCGGAUUUUGGGAAGAAACCCAGGAAGAAGAGCCGUUGGAGCAGUGAAACACCAGAUCAGAAGACCGUCAUCCCCGGCAUGCCCACCGUCAUCCCCCCUGGACUGACUCGGGAUCAGGAGCGGGCUUAUAUAGUCCAACUGCAGAUUGAAGACCUGACUCGUAAACUGCGUACAGGAGACCUGGGAAUCCCUGUUAACCCUGAGGACAGGUCCCCCUCUCCAGAGCCCAUCUACAACAGCGAGGGCAAACGCUUGAACACCCGUGAGUAUCGCACGCGGAAGAAGAUCGAAGAGGAGCGGCACUCGCUCAUCACCGAGAUGGUUGGCCUCAAUCCUGAGUUCAAGCCUCCGGCAGACUAUAAACCUCCUGCUACAAGAGUCAACGACAAAGUCAUGAUCCCCCAAGACGAGUACCCCGAGAUCAACUUCGUGGGUCUGCUGAUUGGACCACGUGGAAACACCCUGAAGAACAUUGAGAAAGAGUGCUGUGCCAAGAUCAUGAUCCGAGGCAAAGGUUCUGUGAAGGAGGGGAAGGUUGGCCGGAAGGACGGACAGAUGCUGCCGGGCGAGGACGAGCCUCUGCAUGCGCUGGUCACUGCCAACACCAUGGAGAACGUGAAGAAAGCUGUGGAGCAGAUCCGCAACAUCCUGAAGCAAGGUAUCGAGACGCCCGAGGAUCAGAACGACCUCCGUAAGAUGCAGCUGCGGGAGCUCGCCAGGCUCAACGGCACGCUGCGGGAAGACGACAACAGGAUUCUUCGUCCAUGGCAGAACUCGGAGCCGCGCAGCAUCACCAACACCACGCUCUGCACCAAAUGUGGCGGUGCUGGACACAUCUCCUCUGACUGCAAGUACACCAGUUCGUUUGCUGCCCAUAGAGCUGCUGGUGGCGCCGGAGAGCCGCCACAGUCGGCCCAGGACAAAGCCCGGAUGGACAAGGAGUAUCUGUCCCUGAUGGCAGAGCUGGGGGAGGCUCCCGUCCCCACCUCAGGGGGCGGGCACGUCAGCGCCCAGGGAGGGGCCCCUCGCGUCUCAGCGCCCAGCACCACUCAGCCGCCGCCGAACCGACCCCCCUGGAUGAGCUCCAGCCCGGCAGAAAACAGGAACUUCCACGGCAUGCCCGGAGGCCCCACUGGCCCCGCAGGACCUCACAGUUUCCCUCCCCCCAUGCCAAACAUGGGAGGCCCCCCCAUGCCCCCCAACCCAAACGGUAUGCCUCCCCCCUGGAUGCAGCCCCCUCCUCCCCCCAUGGGUCAGGGUCCAGGACCUCACGGACACCCGAUGGGCCUCCUGCCACCUCCCAUGGGCAUGAUGCCACCUCCACCCCCUCCUCCCAGCAGCCAGCCACCCCCUCCCCCUUCCGGACCGCUGCCACCAUGGCAACAGCAGGCUCCGCCUCCACCUCCAACCAGCAGUAUGGCAGCAAGUUCACCGUUGCCCUGGCAACAGAAUACCACCACCACGUCCAGCCCUGGCACGGGCACCCUGCCGCCAUGGCAACAGACUCAGCAGCCUGCGGCCUCUGGGACCCAGCCGCCGCCACCCAUGGGAACCCCAUCCAUGCCGCCUCCCCCAGGAGUCCAGCCCCCGUUGCCCCCCGGUGCUCCGCCUCCUCCUCCGCCCCCACCAGGCUCAAGCGGUAUGAUGUACGCCCCCCCACCACCCCCGCCGCCGAUGGACCCUUCCAACUUUGUCACCAUGAUGGGGAUGGGGGUUCCGGGCAUGCCUCCUUUCGGCAUGCCGCCUGCUCCUCCCCCUCCUCCGCCCCAGAAUUAGCCCCGCCCCCUGUCUGUCCACAGAUGUUCUGAGCUGCAGCUGAUUGUUGAAGACUGAAACCUGAAAGCAGUGCUUUAUGUUGAUUCUUUGUCAGUAAACCGGAGACGGGCCGUUGGCUGAAUGUGUCCCGCACUCGGUGUGCGUCAGUUUGUUUGGAAGAAAGCUCCUCUGAAUAUUGACGUUUUGUUGUCCCCCACCCAAAAAAAUACCUCUCCACCUGUAAGGAAAAGGAGUUUGUUAUAUAUAUAAUUUGAGUUUG